CAGACAACGCUUCGCAAGUUUACAUACCUCAUAUAAAUCCUGAGCAAUUCCUCAUUAUGGCCCCGCUCCACAACAUCCUAACGACUCUCUUGUUGGGUUCCAUCUCGUUGGCCGCGGCGCUUCCAGCGAACAUUACUACAUCCGCCGUGAAUCUUGAAGGUUCCUUUGUUAAUGAUAUCGCAAAAUGCCCAAGGCUAACGAAGAGAACCAGUGUACCUACCAACGUAGCAGAUGUUCGUCCGGAUGAUUUGAAAGUUGUCCUGGCUCUCGGUGAUAGUAUCACUGCCGCCUUCGCCGCAAAAGGCCACCAAAUCACCAAGCCGUUUGAGCUUCUCGAUGAGCACCGUGGCCUCUCCUUCGCAAUGGGUGGGGACAAAGGAGCUGUUAGUUUGGCAAACUUCUUCAAGGCCUACGCUCCGGAAGUCAAGGGCCCCUCGACCGGCCAACAUCUAGUGACGGUCUGCUACGGAGGUCUCUGUAAUGGACUCAAAUACUAUCCUGAAGACGGCUUCAACGUCGCCCAAAGCGGAGCCAUGGUGGAGAACCUGGACGCGGAACUGGAUCUUCUGAUCACUCAGGUCAAAGCAAACAAGAACGUUGACAUCCAAAAUGACUGGAAGUUCUUGAACAUCUUGAUCGGAGCCAAUGACAUGUGCCAAGCAUGUCCCGGGAGUCUCACCGGCGACAAAUACGAGCAAUCUAUGCGAGCGAUCAUUGAGAAGCUUCGUGCCAACUUCCCACGUUUGAUUGUUCACAUUCAAACCAUCUUCAAAGUGUCCCAGGUGUGGGACAUCACAAAGGACAUUCCUUACUGCAAAACUAUCCGUGCUUUCGGUCUCAGCAUGGUAUGCCCUUGCGGCUUCCUUGGUGGCGACACAUUUAUUGGCGUUGGAGGUCGCCAGAUGAUGGACAAUGCUGCCGAUACGUGGAAUGCGCGCUUGAUGAAAAUUGCAGCUGACUACAAGGGCAAGUACAAUGACUUUGCUGUGGUUGUCGACCCUGCGACUGGAGGAACCCCGGUGAAAAGUUUCGGUCAAGACUUUAUUUCCAACAUUGACUGUUUCCAUCCUUCUGUCAAUGCCCAUCAAUUCAUCGCCAAGUCGGUUUGGAACAACCUGUUUCUCCCCUCAAACAAGAAAGCCACCACCUAUGACACCAAGCGCGAAACCAGCAUCUACUGCCCGACAGAAGCAGACAGGAUUCAAGUCUUGUAAUGAGAGAAUACUCCAAAAUCUAUGAUUAGUGGCUGUCUCGAAAUAGCUUUGUUUACCGUGCUUGUAGGACUUUAAUAUGUAGAAGCGCCGGUCGCUUAAUAAUGAACCGCUGUGAAUUUUCCGCA